AAGUGAGGCAGAUCAUCUUCUUCAGAGAAGACAAUAACAUGGAGACCUCAUACUCUGCACAGAUGUACAUAAAUGAAUUUGAUCCUGUAGUCUACUACCAGACAUACUAUUCUGCGGGGAAAGGAGGCAUCGCUACAGAAUGGACAGACUUUGCCUUACAGAAUCUGCAUGAAAUAUUUUGUUCAGGUGUGAAAGGAGACAUACUAAUUGACUUCGGAGCUGGACCCGGAUUUUAUCAUCUGUUCUCUUCUUGUGAAGUGUUCAACAGCAUUAUAACCUCUGAUUUUCUUGAGCAAAACCGAGAGCAAUUGGAAAAAUGGCUGAAAAAGGACCCAGCUGCUUUAGACUGGUCUCAUUUUGCCAAAUACGUGUGUGAACUGGAAGGUAACAGAGAUAAUUGGGAAAAAAAGGAAGAAACGCUGAGGAGAAAAGUAACCAAAGUGUUAAUGUGUGAUGCUCUUGCGGAGAAGCCAUUUGACGUACCUAUGCCAGAAGCUGACUGUCUGAUUAGUUGUCUCUGCUUAGAAAAUGCUUGUCAAGACCGGGAAGCUUACAUCAAUGUAUUGAAAAAGCUUAAGGAGCUACUUAAACCCGGUGGUCACAUUAUAGUGCAGAGUAUUCUUAACUGUUCAUACUAUCAUAUUGGUAAUAGCUGUUUUUCCCAUCUGCCCAUAUCUAAGGAUGACGUGGAAAAAUCAUUUAAAGAGGCCGGGUAUGAAAUUGUUAAAUUAAAGGUGCUGUCACGGUCUGUAAAGUCAGAAAUGGAGAUCAGUGAUUCUGAUGGCUAUUACUGCAUGCAUGCUCGUAAACCACACAAAGAGUAAGGCUGCAUUAAGACAGCUCUAAGGCGUCUUUUUAUGAGAUACAUAAAAUGUCAUUUUAGAUUUAGCAUUUUUAUUACAGUUUUUUUUAAAUAUAUUUUUUGUUUUGCAAUUACAAUGGAUAAACAAUAACCUAUUUAAA